CAUUCUUUACAUAUUGAAAACAGAUUUUAUGCGUUCGUCAGUGCGUCUAGUUGAUAUAAAAUUUUAUCUGCAAUCAGCCGAAGCGACACAAUCGGUUCUCGUCGGAAGAGAUCGAGAAAAAAAAUACAAUAUGGAGUUUCUAAUCACAGGUGAGAUAUAGCGCAAAUAAAGCGGAAGGAUUGGGUCCUCUCCAAUAAUCUAACAAUAAUCUAACAAUUUGAAACGAAAUCCCGACGAGAAACAUGAAAAUUUUGGGUGUAAAAUUCGCGCCGUUAAACAUAUCUUUGGAAAGAAGACUACAGACCUUGGUGGUCGCGAUAUGGAUUCUGAUUUCCCCCUUCGGCGAUUUUUGGGGAUACAUCGUUACGGCCUAUCUUUUACUCUACACGCAAACAUUACGUUACUUCAUGCUACUGUAUUUCCUCUGGAUGUAUUACGAUUGGAACACUUGCGAUCGUGGUGGCAGAAGUUAUUCGUGGAUAAGUAGAAUGAGAAAUAACGUAUUUUGGCGUUAUUUUUGUAAUUAUUUUCCGUUGAAGUUAGUGAAAACAGUCGAUCUGGAUCCAAAAAAGUCUUAUCUUUUCAUCUGCGUACCCCAUGGGAUUUUAUCAAUGGGGAUAAUGGGUUCAUUCUCAACAGAUGCAAUGGGCUGCAGUAAGCUAUUUCCUGGACUAGACGUGCGCAUAAUUACUCUUGAUCAACACUUGAAAAUACCUCUAUUCAGAGAAUAUGCUUAUUUGUUAGGUUGUUGCGCUGCUAAUGCGAAAAGUAUCGAAUAUUUAUUAUCGACACCGGCAAAGAGCCCUCAUACCGGAAGAGCUACGAUACUCAUUGUCGGCGGUACUUUAGAAGCUAUGGAAUCGUUGCCAGGUACUUACCGUACCAUCGUGAAAAAGAGAAAGGGCUUCGUGAAACUAGCUUUAAAACAUGGUACGCCGUUAGUUCCCGUUUUAUCGUUUGGCGAAACGGAUUUAUACAAUCAAGUGUAUAGUCCAAAAGGAUCGACUUUAAGACGUAUCCAGGACUACAUUCGCAAUAUCGUAGGAUUGCCGCCGGUUAUUUUUUGGGUUGGCAGUCCUCUCGAGCUGCCGAAAAUAGAAAAACCCACAGCUGAGCAAAUUGAUGAAUAUCAUAAAAAAUUUGUGGAACAUCUAAUUGAGUUUUUCGAAACGCAAAAAUACAAUUAUAUAAAAAAUGCGGAAAAAACUACUCUCGAAACUGAUUUGUGAUGCGCGCUCGGAUAAUAUCAUCUAUAUUGUAAAUUUGUCACUUUAUUUGCAAGUUUCUCAAACUAUUUGUCAUUUUUCUUAAGAAGUUUAAAAUAUUUCGGGAAAACGAAAGUAUUAGAUAUAUAUUUAAUAUAUAAUUUUAUAUACAGAGUGUCGCAGACAACCGAAUCAACCGAAUAUCUCAAAAACAGAGCGCGGCAGAUAAAAAUAUUUCAGACAAAAGUUGUAAAGUUUUAAGUAUCGUAUUAUAUGGCGAUAUCAGUA